AUGGCUCCUGUUUUGGAACGGGCUCCUUCGGGCUCUGAAAGAAACGGGAGUGAUGCGGGUGAUGCGCGGGCACCUCAUAAGAGGAACCGUAGCGGGGCCCAGAAGAGAAGGGCAAAGAGGGACAAGGAGAAGGCUCCUGAAGGGCAAGCUCCGGGUCUCACGACGGCCCUUACUACGCUGGUGGAGGGGGCAACAGGGCUCACCGUCUGGGUUCCGGGUCCUCCGAGGCCUGCGGCUGCCGUCCUGGCGCUGUUGGAGAGGCAGAAACCAGGCAUCGGCGCUCUGAACUGGCGCGUCUUUGCCGAAAACGUGGGUGCUUCCCCGGAGGGGAGGAACUAUGUUUUUGGCAUCUUGGAGUCCAGCGUCCUCAAGCUGAGGGGGCGGGACUCCAAGCUAUGCUAUGGGAUCGAGCAGAUCACCGUUAAGGUGACUCGAUCUCAUGAACCAUGGGUUGUCCGUGGAUGUGUCAGGGGGGUGGCAGCAUGUGGGAAGCUUUUUAAAGCUCCCACCGAACAGAGGCCUAGGGCGUGCAUAACGGUUAAGGGGCUAGAUGCACGGCUCCUGCCUGAAGUAUGUUUCAGGGACCUGACGGCAGUGGAGGUGACAGCGGUUAGCAGCGCUGGGGAUGCCAGCAAGUUCGUCAUCUGCUCGGCCUACUUCCCGCACGGAGAAGAAGUGCCGUCGCUGGAGAUAGUCAGAUUGGUGGAUCUCUGCCAGAGGGAGGGAUUGCCAUUACUGAUAGGAUGCGACGCCAACGCGCAUCACACCAUAUGGGGAAGCACUGGAACGAACGAAAGGGGAAGGAGGUUGCUGGAGUACCUGGUAACUACUGACCUGGAAGUUCUGAACAGAGAUCUCAAAGUGGAGGUAAAGAAGGUGAGGAAUCCAAAGAGGACGGACUGGAUAUCCUAUCAGAGGGACCUGGGAAUCAACCUCAGGGACUUUCCCAAGAAGUACGGCACUGCGGAGGAGUUAGAGCUCUGUGUGGAUUAUCUGCAGAGGGCUCUGAUUGGAUCUUACGAAGCGAACUGCCCGGCCAGCACGGUGACAAACAACAGGGAAACUCCCUGGUGGAACCCACGACUGCAGGAUCUUAGGGUCAAGGCUCGAAGGGCUUGGAACAAGGCGAGGAACACGGGCCGAUCCUCUGACUGGGAUCUUUACAAGAGAUCCCAGAAGGAGUACAGAGACUCUGUGGCGAAGAGGAAGAGCUGGAGGAACUUCUGCGAGUCGGUGGAGGGCAAGCCAGCCACCACCAGGCUUUGCAGAUUUCUAUCCAAGAACCCGGAGGCAGCGUUGGAAGCGGUCCGAAUGUCGGACGGCACCAUGGUAUCUGGAGAGAAAUGCCUGGUGCAUCUUCUGGAGACUAGUUUUCCUGGUUUCCGGAGGGAUGCGGAUAGGUGCGGAGAGGCUGACAUGGGCCCCUUCAGGGCACGUGCCAGCGAUUGGAAACUAGCGGCCGAAAUUGUGAGGCCAACUAGGGUCAGAUGGGUGAUUGGCUCUUUCCGACCUUUUACGUCGGCGGGGCCCAAUCAGAUGUUCCUGGCUCUCCUUCAGAGAGGGCUGGAGCAGGUUAUCGGGCCCCUUACGAAGGUGCUGAGAGCAUGUCUGGCCCUCGGGUAUACCCCCUAA